AUGUUCUCUAGCGAGAAGAUAAAAGUGAUGCCUCUUGGGGCAGGAAACGAAGUUGGAAGAUCAUGCGUUAUUGUCGAGUGUGGGGGCAGGACUAUAAUGCUGGACUGCGGGGUUCAUCCGGCAUACACCGGCGUGGCAUCCCUUCCUUUUCUGGAUCUUGUAGAUCUUUCGAAGAUCGAUGCCAUAUUUGUUACACACUUCCACCUAGACCAUGCAGCGGCACUGCCGUUUCUAACGGAAAAGACAAGCUUCAAAGGAAAGGUUUAUAUGACACAUCCUACAAAGGCCAUUCUUAAAUGGCUUCUGAACGAUUAUAUCCGGCUGAUCAAUGCAGCAUCGGAUGCAGACUUCUACACCGAAACAGACCUGGUUAAAUGCUACGACAGAAUCAUACCUAUCGAUUACCAUCAAGAAGUCAAUGUGAAGGGGAUUAAGGUUAAGGCAUUGAAUGCAGGGCAUGUACUAGGGGCAGCCAUGUUUUUGGUUGAAAUAGAGAAGAGCAAGAUUCUUUAUACCGGGGAUUUCAGUAGGGAAGAAGACAGACAUCUUAAGGCUGCAGAGUCUCCUGGAUGCAAAAUCGAUGCACUUAUAACGGAAUCGACAUAUGGAGUGCAAUGCCAUCUUCCGAGAUCAGAGAGGGAGGGCCGAUUUACAAGCAUUGUUCAGAAUGUUGUUCAAAGAGGGGGGAGAUGUCUACUUCCGGUGUUUGCUCUUGGAAGGGCACAGGAGCUUCUUCUUAUUCUUGAGGAACAUUGGAGCUCAAAUGCUUCUCUGCAGAAGAUCCCAAUCUACUAUGCAUCUGCAUUGGCAAAAAGGUGUAUGGGGGUAUAUCAGACCUACAUAGGAAUGAUGAACGAGAGGAUUCAAAAACUAAGCUUGGUCCGAAACCCGUUUGCAUUCAAAUAUGUCAAGAAUCUGAAGGGAAUAGACUCUUUUGAUGAUGAGGGUCCAUGUGUGAUCAUGGCCAGCCCGGGAAUGCUGCAGAGCGGGCUUUCAAGAGAUCUCUUUGAGCGAUGGUGUUCGGACAGUAAGAAUGCCGUGAUAAUACCUGGAUACUGUGUAGACGGAACACUUGCAAAGGAGAUACUCAGCGAGCCCAAGGAGAUAGAGGCGUUGAAUGGAAAGAGGCUUCGGCUUAACAUGUCGGUGGAAUACAUCUCAUUCAGUGCGCAUGUGGAUUUUACACAAAAUAGCCAGUUCAUUGAAGAAUGCCAACCUCGGCACCUCUUCUUUGUGCAUGGAGAGAUGAAUGAGAUGCAGAGACUCAGGAAUGUGAUUCAGCAGAGAAACGAAAAGAAAGGGAUUGAGAUGGAGCUUUAUACUCUACGGAAUGGAGAAGAGGCAGGAUUUGAUCUAGUCAAGGAUAAUGAGGCUAAAAUAUUUACCAAUGCUGAGGGGGAAUUUGAGGGGAUUAUCGUAGGGACAGAGAACGACAUUAGGAUAUACAAGAGAGACGAUUUGAUGGAAUCUAAAUACAAGGAGAUGAGCAUAUACGAGAGGCAAAGGAUCCCAUACAACUCGACAGGGGUAUUGUUGAAGCAAGUGCUUAUGGAUGGGUUUGAGGAGCUUGUUGAGGUGGAGUCUGGGCUUAUGAUUGGAAACAUCCAUGUCAAGCUGUCUGGACAGGAGGUUAUACUUGAAUGGAAGAGCAGCUAUGCGGAUGAUAUUUUGGCUAUAUCUAUAAGUAAGGUGAUUUCUGGGAUUGGGCAUCUGAAGGAUGGAUUCAAGACUGCACAGGGGGAGUACAUUGACCCUGAGAAGCUUGAGACGCUGUACAUUGACGGAGACAUUAUACAGGAUGUGUUUAUUCCACGGAGGUCUGAGAGCGAGAGGAUAAUUGCGAUUGUUGUGUGUCCUGACGAGAAGAGGAGUGAGAAGGAGAUUAUGGAGCACCUGCGGGAGGUUGGAGAGAAGCUGGUGAAGCAGAGGAGGAUCACGAGGCUUGAGAUUCCGUCGAAGGUUGUUGUGCUGCGGCGUGGGUUUGAGAGUUUUGAGGGCGCGGAUCUGCUUACGCCGACAGCGAAGAAGAAAAGGGCGCUUGUGGAGAAGUACUUUGCAGAGGAGAUUGACAAGACUCUUGGGAUUAAAUAA